AUGGUAGAGGGCAGUGACUCAAGAGUCAAAACGGUGACAAAAGAAUGGGCCGAGAAGACAGCAAAUGUUAUUAUCAUUCCUAGCUGCAACUAUGAUAUCCUUUCUACAGCCGGUGAUAUUUCUUUCGCGACUCGGCGCACGAUACGACCUAAUAUUGUAUCUGGGUUUCAAAAAGUGAAUUAUCCGACUCUCAGUCUUUCUCCAGCGCGGUACAUUAUACUGAGCUAG